AUGAUAAAACGUAUCAAUAAGCCAAAAGUGAUUAAUGUUAAACGAUCUGCACCAUCUAAGUUGCCAAGUCGUGUUUGUAGAACUGGCGUCAGUGUACAGCGCUUAUGUCGUGGACAGUUGUCUGUUAAUAGCAUACAACCAAUAAUACCGAGAAAUAAAGUAUCACCAGUUCAAAAUGAGAGACAAGCAGAGAGCAAAACAGCACAAAGUGAUUCUAGCAAAAAAAAAAACGAACUCAACAGCAACAGCCAACAGAAAAUAUUUGAACACAAACAAGUAUCAGCCAAGGAAAGUCUAAAUUAUUCCAAGGAUACGACUGAUCUAGAAGGAAAAAAAUCUUCGAUUCAAUCGAACAAUAGAGGAAAACAAACCCUCCAUAGCAGACCAGAGGAAGUCGAGAAAUCAAGAGAUCGAAAACGGCAAUUACUUCUACGACGAGCACUGCCACCACCAGCACAACGACUACAACAACAAGUACAGCUUGUAAAUAUCUUAGAUCUGUCAUAG